AUGUCACUACUAGAUCUACUACAUACUAGUAGACUAUUACUAAAUCAAAAUAAUGAAUUUACAACCACCAGCAAUGUAUCAUCAAUUCAACAAUUACUAAUAUUAAAAAAUGGAGAACCAGAUCCAAUUCAAACAGUUGGACCACAAAGAGUAUUUACUGCACAAUUAAUAUUAACAACUAUAUCAGGAAUAUUUUUAUUUCUUUUAUUUUGUAUUAUGAGAUAUAGAUGGCCUCAUAUUUAUGCAGUUAGAACUUUAAGACAACAAUCAAAAAAUUUAUUAAAACCUUUACCUCAUAAUUUAUUUGGUUGGAUUAAAGUUGUUUAUAAUUUAAAUGAUGAUGAUAUUUUAACUUAUCUGGGAUUAGAUUCUUUUGUUUAUUUAAUAUUUUUCAAAAUGGGUAUUAAAAUAUUUUUUGUUUUAACAAUUUUUUCAAUUUUGAUAUUAAGUCCAUUUCGUUAUUAUUUUACAGGAGAUUAUGAUAAAGAGAAUUUAAAUUUUGGUGAUUUAAUUAUAAAUAGUUUCACAGCCACUGCCAAACCUAAUAAACCUCCUCCAAAUUUCAGUGACGAUUUUCCCAAAUUUUUAUGGGUUUAUCCAAUUUUUACAUAUUUAUUUUCAUUUGUUAUAUUUUAUUAUUUAUAUAACUACACUGAUAUUGUUUUAAAAAUAAGACAAAAAUAUUUAGCUUCUCAAAAUUCAAUAACUGAUAGAACUAUAAAAUUAGAUGGUAUACCAAAAAAAUUAUUAAGUAGAGAAAAAAUUAAAAAAUUUAUUGAAGAUUUAGGUAUUGGAAAAGUUGAAGAUGUUAAAUUAAUUUAUAAUUGGACUCCAUUACAAGAAGAAUUUGAUAAAAGGAAAAAAAUUAUUUUGAGGCUAGAACAUUUAUAUUCUUCUGAAUAUAUAAUGGAUAUUGAUAUUUUUAAUCAACAAAGAGUUCCUGCUGUAAAUCCUAUAUGGUCAGAACCAAAAAAUAAUCAAACAAUUCAAGAGGAAAUUGAUAAAUUAUCAAAACAAUUAACUGUUCUAGAUGAUAAUAUAAAAAUAACUCAAGGUAAAUUUGAUAUUGAAGCUUCAACUAUAAAUGCAAAACAAUAUCCUGAAUUUAAUAUUAUUCCAUCAGCAUUUAUAACAAUGGAUUCAGUAGCAUCUGCUCAAAUGGCUGCUCAAACUAUAUUAGAUCCAAGAGUUUAUAAAUUAAUUGUAAGUUUAGCUCCUGCACCAAGAGAUAUUAUAUGGAAAAAUUUAAAAUUAACAUAUAAUGAAAAAUUAAUGAAAUCUUAUUUAAUUACAUUUUUAAUUGUUUUAAGUUAUGGUUUUAUAAUUUUUUUAGUUAUACCAUUAACUUCAUUAUUAGAUUUAAAAACUAUUUCAAAAUUUUGGCCAUUAUUAGGUGAAAUAAUUGGAAAAUCAAAUUGGUUAACAACAUUUGUAACAGGUAUAUUACCACCAUUAUUAUUUACAUUAUUAAAUAUACUGUUUCCAUAUUUUUAUAAAUAUUUAUCUGAAUUACAAGGGUAUUCAACUUAUAGUGAAAUUGAAUUAUCAACAUUAUCCAAGAAUUUCUUUUUUAUAUUUUUCAAUUUAUUUUUAAUUUAUAUUGCAGCUGGAACAUUUUGGGAUUAUAUGUCAUAUAUAAGUGAUACAACCAAGAUAGCAACACAAUUAGCAACAAGUUUAAGAAGAAUGUCAUUAUUUUAUGUUGAUUUAAUUUUAUUACAAGGUUUAACUAUGUUUCCUGUAAAAUUAUUACAAAUUGGAGAUUUUUUUUUACUAAAUAUAUUGGGGAAAUUAUUUUUUUUAAAAAGUCUCAUUUUAAAAACUCCAAGAGAUUAUAGAUCUUAUUAUUAUACUCCUCAAGUAUUUGAUUUUGGUAUAAAUUUACCUCAACAUAUAAUGAUUUUUAUAAUUAUAUUAAUUUAUUCAGUAGUUUCAACAAAAAUUGUUACUUGUGGUUUAAUUUAUUUUAUAAUUGGAUUAUUUGUAUACAAGUAUCAAUUAGUUUAUAAUUUUGUUCAUCCACCUCAUUCAACUGGUAAAGUUUGGCCAAUGAUUUUUAGAAGAAUUAUAUUAGGUUUAAUUAUUUUUCAAUUAUUUAUGUGUGGUACAUUAGCUUUAGAAAGUGCUAUAUUAUUAUCAAUAUUAUGUACUCCAACAAUUUUAAUAACAAUUUAUGUUUUAUAUAAUUUUGAAAAAUAUUAUGUUCCAUUAUUAAAUUUUAUUGCUUUGAGAGCUAUAUUAAAUCCAUAUAAUUUUGAUAAGUUAUUUAACGAUGAUGAUGUGAGUUUUACUUCAGGUGAAAAUUCUUCAUCACCUUCAUCAUCAAUAAAUUCAUCAGCAAUACUAGAUGAAAACAACGAUGAAGAUGAACCAAUUGAUGAACUGUCAUUUUUAUUAGGUGAUGAAGAUUCAAGAUGUAAUAAUAAUAAUAAUCAAUCAACAAGUGAACAACAACAUGCAAUAGGUCGAAAUAAAAAUAAAAAAUUAUCAAGAAGAAAAUCAACAAUAGAUGAAGAUAGAGAAGCAUCACAUGAUUAUACAAAUCCUCAAUUAUUAGAUCAAUUUAAUGGACCAUGGGUUGGAUUUACAGGAGAUAUUAUAUCAAUGAUAAAUUAUGAAUCUCAUAUUGGAAACAUCCUUGAAUUACAAACUGAAAAUGUUAUACCGACCAAUAAUUUUAAAAGUAAUUUAAAUGUUAUUAAUAAAAAAUUAAUAGUUAGUGAAUGGGAAUAA